GAACACUUAGAUGAUCAGCUAUCUUACUUGAUCCAAACUGGAAAUGGAACACACAUUCUGAAAUUAAAGAAAAAUAAAAACCUUCUUGGGGAAAAGUUUACAAUAUAUACUUAUAACCAAGAGGGAAAGCUGGAGAGUACUCCUGUGGAAACUCAGGGGAAUCCUCUAUAUUGGUGACAAGCAAUAUGGCAUGGAGCCAGUUAAAGGAUCAAAUAAAUUUGAACACUUUCUUUAUGUAUUAGAUAAAUCUCAUGAACCUUUUUCCUGUGGUGUACAAAAUGAUGACCAAUAUCAUGAACCUAUUUUGAAAUACUCUAAUAUAUCACAUUAUCCUUUCAGUAAGGAUACACAUCGAAGGAAAAGAAGAAAUGUGCUGCCAGAGAAACGAUACGUCGAACUCUAUAUGGUUGUUGAUAAGAACAGGUAUUUAAUCAAAAGAACUAUUGAAGCUGUGCAGAAGGAAACAGUUGAAUUGAUUAAUUAUGUAGAUGGGCCUUCUCAAUCUAAAUCAACUAAGAUUUCAGACAGGGCACUCAAAUUGGAUGGCACUUUAUCAAUGAUAUCUGGUGACCAAGUUCCAUUACCUUAUAUUGAUAUCGAUCUUUUGGGACCUGAUAGCAGAGCCGAAGCGUACACUUUCCAGAUGCUGCUUUCCGAAGCACUCGGCGGCAGCUCUGAGGAGGAGGAGGAAGACGCGGCGGUGACCCGAGCGAUGGAAGCGGCAAUUGCCGCCGUCAUGGAGAAGCGGGCAUGA